AUGCAGUUCGCGAUUCCUAAUAUAAAAGCUUCAAAGACGUUUACUGGAAAGUCGCCUAAUAAGAAAAGAGAUUUAACAGCUGAUAAAGAUAAUGAAGAAGAUGAAGAUGGCGUUAAGUCUGUACCCUCAUUCUCUCACAUGCCAUACUCUGUUCUAAGUGUUUCUUCUCUGCACUCGCCGUCUUCUCCCAUGUCAAGUCCUCCUUCAACCCCACCUCCUCGAAGCGGUCAUCCUGAUGUUAAAAAACUAAAACGUCGAAUUAACAUCGAAGUCAACAAUGAGGAUUAUCUGAAUACUAGAAAGGCUAAAAUCGAAAAGACAACUAAUGAUUCAAUGGAAGAUCCUAAAAGAAUGUUUUUACUCAGCUUGCUACCGGAUGUUAACGCCAUGUCAGAUAAUCAAAUGAGAAUGUUCAAGCGCAGAGUGAUUAGUUUAGUAGAGGAAAUUCUAGAAGAAAAAUCUCACUCCCCUACGUGA